UAGAUUUCUAGAAAAUGAACUAAGGAAUAUAUUUUCACUUCUCUCACUGAUCCCAGAUCACAUGGACAUAUUGUCCUUGUUCGAGAGCAUCAAAUCCAUGAUGCAUUGUGGGUAAAUUGUGACUGGCUGAUCUACAAAUAUUAAUGAGUAGUUAUUUUUGAUGCAAAGUGAUUUGAAGAUCAGUCAGUCGGCAGUCGCUUGCAAUGUCGAACAAGCUCUUUGACUUCUCCAAUCCCAAACCCCAGCAUGUGUCUGCUUGGUCUGUUUCGCAAGCGUUCCCGGUAGUCUCGCGAUGUUGCGCUUCUGGGUUUAGAAACUCUGUGCUACUGUUGUCUGACAGCUAGACGAGAACUGGCAUAGCUAGCGAGACAUCAGAAAGGAAAUAAAGCAAUUCUCAACAUUGAUGGUUUCUAUAGAGGACUAUUUUAUACAUUGACAAACCCACAUAUCAGCUGUUAAAAUGAAAAAAGAAGGAACCCGCUGUUAGGCCUAACUGCUCUGAGCUGAGUCUGUUCCUCAUCAUUCCCUUGACCCCUGACCCCCUGGACGACGUAACCAUGACGACGGGGGAGUGUUGCCACCUCCCGGGCUCUCUGUGUGACUGCACUGGCAACGCUGCCCUGUCCAAAAGCGUGGAGGAGUCGGAUAACUGCAGAUCACAGUAUGUCACCCAGGUCACAGCCAAAGAUGGACGGCUGCUCUCCACUGUCAUCAAACCCGUGAGCACACAGAGCGAUGGGCCAAUCUGCCGGAUCUGUCACGAGGGGGCCAACGGCGAGGGCCUCCUGUCCCCCUGCGACUGCACAGGGACUUUGGGCACGGUGCACAAGAGCUGCCUAGAGAAGUGGCUCUCCUCCUCCAACACCAGUUACUGUGAGCUGUGCCACACAGAGUUCACAAUUGAGCGCAAGCCCAGGUCCCUCACAGAGGUAACAAAGUGGAUGCGGGAUCCGGGCCCUCGGAACGAGAAGCGCACUUUGUUCUGUGACAUGCUGUGCUUCCUGUUCAUCACGCCCCUGGCAGCCAUCUCUGGCUGGCUGUGUCUGAGGGGAGCUCAGGACCACCUGCACUUCAACAGCAGACUGGAGGCCGUGGGCCUCAUCGCACUCACCAUCGCCCUCUUCACCAUUUACGUCCUCUGGACUCUGGUUUCAUUCCGCUACCACUGUCAGCUCUACUCUGAGUGGAGACGAACCAACCAGAAAGUGCGCCUGCUCCUUCCAGACGCGAAGGGUGGGCAUUCUAGCCAGCAUUCCUUGCUCUCCACGAAGCUGCUGAAAAAGACAGCUGACGAGACCAUAGUAUGAGGUCAAAGUUCUCCACAACCGACUAUAAAAGUGAGGCAUGGAUCGUUGAUGCUGAUCUAAGGCGAUUCAUCCAGCAGUUGAUUCCCUAACCACUGAGUGCAGAAGUGAGAAGUUUUGACUCCGGUUCACCAGCCACAGGCUAUUCCACUGGGGGAUUAUAUAUGCUCAUGCCAUUUUUAUACGCAAUUCAGUUGACUCCCUUCAAUUUAACUCCCAUCUGUUUUCCCCUUGGGGUGAGCAGGAAUUGUGCAAUAAAACACUGUGGACGCGGGUGCUCUCGCAGUAUGUGAGGAGACUGCUCCCAACACGCACAGUUUUGCAUGCAUGCGAUGCACUGUUUAUGUUUUCAUUUUGUUGGGGUGGGGGGGAAUAUUGUUUACUUUUUUUUUUUACUUUGGGGGAUUGAAAGAUCGGUUGGUCGAGCUUCCGUUGAUUUAGUGUUGCUAGUUUGUAUGUUGAUCAAGGUUUCCUCCCUGGGAGUAUAGAGGUCUCAUACUGUCAGCACUUAAUAGAAAAAACUGUUCCUAUAGAGUGAGCUGAUCUAUGUACAGUAGGUCUAGAUGCCACUGAUGAAGAAAAACCUUUAUGGAAAUGUGUAUUCCACAAACAUGAAUUUCAAACUUGUUGUGGUUGAGGGGAAACUGGUUACAGGAAAUCAAUAGUACAUUGCUCUCCUAUGAUGAGAUUCCAAUGAAAAGCUUUUAGUUGGUGUGUUUUUUGGUAUUGGUGUGUUUUCUUUUGGUGUCGUCACGUAACAAUAGCUAGUAAUCACAUCCAGCAAGAGCAUAGAUUGGUUGGUUGAUGUUACUUCAGGUUUUGUAGAAGUUGUAUUCCCUCCGAUAUGCAGUCGACCAGACUCGGACGCCUACACUCAGACGUACCUACAGACUGUACCUUGACAGUAGAACCCAGUGUCUGGUUCUAGACUCUUAUGAGUUUUGUUCUUAUCCAUCUGCCACAACUUUAAAACAUAUGAGGUGACCUCUGUAUGAGAGAGAUGUGCAAAAACAGCAUAGCUCUUUGUGUGGGUUUUGUGCAUUUGAUUUCUUCCCUGUACGCUGUAUGGACCUUUCAGACACCCUCUGUCUUAGCGAAGCUUCAUUUCGACAUAUUUGUAUAUGUGUUGUUAAUCAUAGUGUCCUUGGUUGACCAUACAAGUAUUGUCCCUGAAUCUUAAAAGCUGUUAACAGGCCUAAAGAGAGGAGGAUUAAUGCAAAUAUCCUCCUCAGUAGGGGAAGCUCACGUCAUGGUGCACAGAAGCCAAAAACAUAGGUCUAGAUUUGUCACUCUUUUAUUUUAACCCCUUCAUAGCAAUCAUGCUCCUAUCUACUGCUCAUCUGUAGGGGCAAGUUCAACUCCUCCGGGACCUGAGGGUUGAUCACCUGAAGGGCUUUGCGGUGGAACAGCUAUGCACUGGAAGGUUUAUUUAUGCAGCUGCAAGAAACCUGGUUGUGGGAGUGGCAUUCUGAAAUCAGAUUAAGCUUGGGGGGACAAUGGUGAUCUACAGUAAACAAAGUAGGAAGUCAUCCUCAGCAUAGAUGGACACUAGUCAGCCCAGUUCAGUUCAGUGUAGUGUCCUGUUGGGAGACCCAUUCUGAAAAUGGAUAGAAAUGUUUUUGUUGUUGUAAAGUGGCGAUUGUCACUCUGAAGGAAUCCUCAUCUGGUGUUAAAGGGUAGAUAACGUUGUGCAAUAGUAAUACUGGAGCUUAGUAUGAGGUUAUUUUCCUGUGUGUGUGUGUGUGGUGGUGUGGAACCGUGUUGAGGAUCUUUCAGGGUGGAGAGAGUUCUUACCUACGUCGUCAGCAAUGUAGGGUGUAGUUACAGCAAGUGUGCAAUUUGAUCACUUUACAAUGCAAUUCUUACCUAUAAUCUUAACAAUAUGUAAUGAAAGCAGAAGUAUAAUGUAGAAGUAAGUGCAUAUGAAGGAUCAUAGCAGUUCGCUCACUUGUGCAGGCUGAGAAGGUCACGAUAGGAUGUUGGAUUUUUCUAUGCGAGUCUUGAGUUGCCUACAAUAUGCUCAGAGACAUUAAACUCCAGUGUUAUAACCGCUAACUCAAACAGUUCCUUCUCUCCAAAGAAGCAUUGAUUCUUGUGUUUUAUACCAGUAUAUCAAACGGCACUUUCACAAAACUAUAAUGGAAAUGAAUACAGUGUGGUUGUUUAUAUUAUCUCCUAAUACAGACUUUGAAAGGGAUUUAAAAGUGUUACUGAUAUUGUACAAUUUUCCCUGUUUCUGAUGUUCGGAUAUUGCUCCUCUGAUUUCGUUUUUGAUUUGAAGAUGAAACCAAGGGUCCAGGGCAUUGUCAUGCUCGUAUGUAAAAGGAGCAACAUACCAGCUUUGUAGACUUGUUUUUGUUAAUGAUUUAAUCUCGUGUUCGUUUUACCACAGUUUUUAAUAUAUUCAUGUGUAUCAUUUGUAAUUUGUUUCAAUUAUUCCUUGAAGCACAGGAUUUGUAUCAAUCUUACACUAUAGUAUUUCAAAACAUUUAUGUUGUGCAAUGUAAAAAAGAAAGAUGUCUUCACCAAAAUAUGUUGGUGCUUGCAAUCAGCCAAGAAAAGUGUGCAAAGCAAAUUUAAAAAUGAAGCUACAGAAUGGAUAAA